UCGGUGAGGGUAGGUAGUGCGUGCUACGCUGACCCGAGUUCCCCUCCACACCUUUUCGGGACCGCAAUGCUUAUCAGAUGGUCAAACACGACAUAGCAUUUAAGAACACCUGGUGAUCGUAGAAGAUUGAAUUCGUAUAUAUAAUAUUAUCUCCUAUCAUAUUAUACCAUAAUACCAAUACCAUCGUGCAAGAUCACUCUCACUAACAGUUGAAAUUGCCAGACGGGGAUCCAACAUACAUGCCAAAAGAAGAAACCAAAGCUGCCCUCCCAGAUUUGAAGACCGCCGGCAUGCAACAAGUCGAAAAGCUCGUCUGUAAGGCGGCCAGCAGGUAUCGCCUGAGUCACCCGUCUGACCCACCGACGUCCCGGGCACGACCCAG